AUGUUGCCAAUUCGAUCAGCGCUUCGACUUUCAUCAAGAUUUGCUUCGGUUUUGAAGGUUUCAAGCGCCGAGAGGGAUAUUAUUCUCAACUCUUUCAGCAAUGCUGAAAACAAAGCAGCCUUCCAAAGUCUCGGCAAUUCAGUCCCUGUCGAUUCCCUGAACAACCUUUUCGCUAAAGACCCCGUCGCGAUUGAAAAAUUCCUCGAAGCAAUCAUGGACACAAUCGAAGUCGACCAAGAAAAGAAGCUCUCCUUCGCCGAGUUUUUGGUCAUCAUGGUCAAGAGAAAGGGAGUCAACGGCGUCCAAAACGCUUUCCUUUCACAAGACAAGGACCGAUCUGGCUCGAUUUCAAGAGAUGAGCUCAAGGAAUGGAUGACCAAAUACGGCCACUUCCUUACGCGAAAACAGGUUCAAACAAUGGUCGACGCUGUUGAUGUUAACGGCGAUGGCGAGAUUGAUUAUGGAGAGUUUUUGAAUCUUGUCUGCCAAGAAGUUCUUCAAAUGAAAUCAGAAUGA